AUGACUCAAGUUGUCGGCCCCAGCAGGGCCGCUUCGGUGCACACCGACAGCGAUGUCAAGGCCAGCACUGCGCGUCCACGCAGGACGAUGACGCGCUCGCAACUGGCGCAACGCAUCGCUCAAGGAGAAACGCUGGUGCUGCAUCGCCGAAAGAUCUACAAGCUCGACCGCUGGCUAGCCAACCAUCCCGGUGGCGAACUCGCCAUCUUGCACUUUGUCGGGCGUGAUGCGACCGACGAGAUCGAGGCGUACCAUUCCGAACACACCAUCUCGCGCCUCAUGUCGCGCUUCGUGAUCGCCCACCUCGACGAGGCCGAUUGGGACAACUACACGCCGCUCGUGCCGCCAGUUCAGCUCGGAUAUCGCAAGGGAAAGCUCGACCAUCCGCAUGCUCAGGUGGGCAUGUGGCGCCAUCGCAACACGCCCGCCACCUCGGCCGGCACUUCCGACACCGACGGCUCCUCUGACGGGAGCGCAGACGAGGCGCUCGUGCAUGACCUCGUCGUCGGCUCCGCCGUCAAGCGCUCGGAUGCGGCCGACAAGGCGCGUGCUGCCCGUACAGCCUCUACUCUCGUGGUGGAUCGACCCAAUUGCUUCCCGCUUCCCGUGGGCCUCCUCGAGCCUCCUCCGAAUCCAGACGGCAUCGACGCCGAGCGGGAGAAGCGCAUUUCCCACGCUUAUCAGCAGCUGCACGAGCAGGUCAAAGACGCCGGCCUCUACACGCUUCGUCCGGCUGGCUAUGCUCGCGAGAUGGCGCGCUACCUCGCCCUCGGCUCCAUCGCCUAUGCCUUCUGGGCACGCGGACAGGCGCAGCUGCAACUCGAUUCAGACUCGGCCGGCACUCUCCUUCGAGCGUCGACGGCAUCCUUCCUGCUCUCGAGCUUCUUCCUUGGCCUCUUUUGGCACCAGCUCACCUUUUCAGCCCACGACUCGGGUCACAGCGGCAUCACGCACUCUUGGCAAUGGGAUCGCAUCAUCGGCACCACCAUCGCCGACUUUAUCGGAGGCCUCAGCAUCGGAUGGUGGUGCGACAACCACGAUGUCCACCAUCUCGUCACCAACCAUCCCGAGCACGACCCAGACAUCCAGCACAUGCCCUUUUUUGCCAUCUCGCCGCAAUUCGUCCUUGCCGGCCAGACAACCGUCAUCAGCGCCGACAAUGCUGCUCUCACCGAGCACGAGCAGGCCAAGCCCGCCAGACCGCUGGGGUUGUGGUCGUCGUACUAUCGCCGCUUACUCGAGUUCGAUGCGCCAAGCCGCUUCUUCCUCCAGCACCAGCACAAGCUCUACUACAUUGUCAUGGCGUUUGGCCGAUUCAACCUCUAUGCCAACUCGUACGGCUUCCUGGCUACCAAGGCACGCCGCGACCGGUGGUGGGCACUCGAGCUCGUUGGCCUCGCCACCUUUUGGACGUGGUACGGGUACGGCUUGCUGGGUUCGCUACCCACCUGGCCCGUCCGCAUCGCCUACCUCGUCAUCUCGCACGUCGUCACUUCGCCGCUGCACAUCCAGAUCGUCCUGUCGCACUUUGCACAGUCGUGCGACGAUCUUGGUCUGAGCGAGAGCUUUGCCUCUCGCCAAAUCCGUACCACGAUGGACGUCGAUUGCCCUCCUUGGCUCGACUUUGUCCACGGCGGUUUGCACAUGCAGGUAUCGCACCAUCUCUUCCCGCGCGUACCUCGUCACAACCUGCGCGAGCUGCGCGAUCGAUUCGUCGUCCCGUUUGCGAAAGAGUGGGGGCUGCAGUACCACGAGUACAGCUUCACAAAGGGCAACGGCCGCGUCCUCGCCACGCUUAAAAAGGUCGCCGACCAGGUGCACAUUCUCUCCAAGGUCGCAGAGGCAUCAGCCAAGGGCGAGCUGCAGCACUAG